AUGGAUAGUAUCUACAACCUGCUCGGGCUCACGAAGCUGCCCCUGAUCCCUGACUACGACACGGACGUCUCGGUCGCAGCGGUUUAUGUCGACUACUUCGCCCAAUACCUUGCCUUCUGGAAGGGAACAGGAAGAGGUCGUACGAGCCCAUCAUUGGAAAUGCCGAUAGAGGAAUAUUCGGAUCAGAUAUCCCAGGCGCCCAUGUCACUGAGAACAGGCCUGUUGGUGUCUGGCAUUCGUAUCGGCGAGGUGAUACGCAACCUCCCGAAGCCAGUAUUGUUUGAUACCUGGCACCGACUCAUCAACCUCAUUGAACAGCUGAGGACCGAGAAUACUCAGUUUCAAAAUGGUAUGACUGCGCAGGAAGCCGUCUUCCCUCCGAAGCUCCGAGUUUCGGGCUGA